UGCACGAUUCACAUCAGGCUACUCACGACAACUGCGUGUUUUUUCACAUCAGGCAACACAUUCUCUUUGUGAUUUCAACCAUCCACCAUGAAACGAUCCAAUCGCUUGAUAGGAAUACUUGCCGUUGCAACCUCCACAGCCGUGGUUCUCCUGCAGACGUCAAGGAUUGAUGCCUUUGCAACGGCAACUCUCCCUUCGACAACGUCUUACCGUAUUCCGGCGUCAUUAAAAACUACACAAACAUCAUCUCGGGCCUUUCUCACGUCCAAAAAGAAACUCCAUUCGUUGCGGUCUAGCGAUAGAAUAGCCACAUCCUUCUUAUCAGCCGUCGUUGUCGACACUUUGUAUAGUACUACUACGGACACUGGAGGGAAACUACAAUCCAAGAAAGGAUCCUCCAAAACAUCAUCUUCCCAACCAAAGAAGGAAGGCCACAAUCUCAUGGACUUCCUCGGUCCAGUACUGUCCGCCGCACUCCUCGUAACGGGCAAUACCUUUGGGGCGGGUUGCCUUGUUUUGCCGGAAUUGGCGAAAGGUCCAGGAAUGGCCGCGUUUUCGUCUCUUUUUCUCGGUGCCUGGACCAUCAACUUGGUUUCCGGGUUGAUACUGGCGGAAGUUGCCAUCCGUCAAAAGGAAGCAGCCGUACAGCAGGGGGACGAUAACGUCGUGCCCAGCAGCUUCAAAGAAUUUGCUCAGGUCAAUCUCAACUCUUCCACUGCCGCAAAUGGUGUCAGCGCCAUUUCGGUCUUUGUCAAUUCCUGUGUCAUGAGUUUCGAUCUUUCCCGAGUCGGCCAAGUAGGUGCCAAUCUAUCCGGACAAGCCGUUCCCAAUGAGCUCAUCUCCGCGGGCUGGGGUCUCUUGCUCGUCACAAUUUUGUCCACGCAGUCCAGCAAGAAUCUAAGUCGCGCCGCGAGCAUGUGUGCAACGGUACUGUUCCUGUCGUUUGGAUCUUUAUUGUUGCCCGGACUCGCACACGUGACCGAUCCGUGGCAAGUCUGGACGGCACCAGCGGCGAUAGACUUUACCGGCAGUCUAGCGGCCGCAGCCCCCGUGGUACUCAUGUCCAUGAUAUACCAAAACGUGGUACCGUCCGUGACCAAAAUUUUGAACUACGAUCGCGUCCAGACCGUGUCCGCCUUGACCUUGGGAUCACUGUUGCCUCUCGUCAUGUACGUGGCCUGGUGCUUCGCCUGGGUCGGUGGAGGCAUUGACACGACGAUCGGUACCACCGCUGGUAUAGGUGGACUCCUCAUGACGGUGUUUUCGCUCGCCACCUUGGCGGGAUCCUCGAUUGGUUCCGGUAUGUCGCUUUCGGAAGAAAUUGAUACCUUUGUCCAGCCCAACGCUGCUCCCCGUACGAAGAGUGGUGAUACAGAAAAUGAACAGGCAGUACGCGGCGAGUACCAGAUUCCUUCGGUGCUGCUAGCCGUCACGGCACCCUUACUGGCUGCCAACGUCAUGACCGCGACGGGUCAUGAUACUACGGAAGCCCUGCGAUUGGCCGGUUCGUUUGGAUCACCACUGCUGUACGGCGCCAUUCCUGCUCUCAUGGCCUGGCAGCAAAGGGCACAACAGUCGCCAAAAUCGCCGCAUAUGAUACCGACGGCUGGCCUCGGUGCCUUGGGACUCCUAUCGACGGGAUUCGUCGGCAACGAACUGGUUGAUGUUGUGGAGCGUUUCUUGGCCGUGCCCGUCUGAGAAAUCCCA